CAACAGAGCUUAAAUGUCAUAACACAGUCUGACAUGGCUGACAUUACAAGUGUACUUGUUUGUUCCCUCGCCUUGCCCCGUUCAUCCUUUUCCAUCGUUUUUGUUUCCACAGUAACCUCGGAUGGUUAUAUUAUGGGAUGCUGAAGACAGACCAGACACUUAUUGUGGUCAAUCUCAUCGGGGCUUUACUGCAGGCCCUCUACAUCGUGGUUUACUUCAAGUACACAAAACAAAAGAGAAAGAUCCUAUUCCAAAUAGUUGCCAUCGGAGCAGUGGUGACCAGCGCCGGGGUGUACUUCAUGUUGUUUCUUCCUCCAGGUGACAUUCAGCUCAACCAGCUGGGACUCGUUUGCAGCAUGGCCACUGUGGGCGUGUACAUGUCCCCGCUCGCGGACCUGGUAAGAUAAACUUGUCCUUAAAUGAAGUAAUGUCCAAAUGUGACAUCUGGACUUUGUCUUGUUGCUGAAAAAGACACUUGAUAAAUUCAUAUUGGAUCGUAUGCUUUAUUCUAACGUUGACCAAUCAGGUGCAACCUUAAACGUGCAUUGCCAUCCAAUAGGAGAACAGUCAAUGAGAUAAGAAUGCAUUCAUUAUUUUUCGCCAUGAGAAAAAAAAAUGCAUCUCUUUCAUUCGAUAAUACAGAUGCCAUUUGUUUCCAGUACAUGUUCAAUAUCGCAAUAAUAAAUAUGCAACACCCAUAUCGCAUCGUGCAUGAUUUUCCAAGAUCGUGCUGCCCUCCUUUAAAUAUAGCCGAGUUAUCAUCGUGUAUGGCAUCUUUGAGUAUCAUUUCAGUAUCUCGAG